AUGCCAGCCAAGAAGGUUUCCCCCGGUACGGCGAGAUCGAAGAAAGCUGCUGGUUUAGCUCAACCAAUACUUUCCUUCCAAUCAGCUAGACCAUCCACCACCAAGAAACCUACAAAAGGUAAAACCCAAAUAACGACUACUACACCCUCUUUGUCGGAAAUUGAAUUAGAGAAUCAACGUUCUCCUGCAUGCCUAUCUCCGGAAGAACCGAUGGAGAUCAAGAAGGGAGACGAAGGAAAGAAGAGACAAUUAGACGUAAAAUCGAAAGAAUGGAAAGGGAUUAUCAAACAUGCUAAAGCUGAAAUGGGCGGUUUAGGACCUAUUCACGCAGGUCCAGAUACGCAUAACGAUAUACAUCACGUUCUGCGCAUAUUCGAUUUGACAUCUUCAUAUGGUCCAUGCGUCGGUAUAACCCGAUUAGCAAGAUGGGAAAGGGCCAAAAAAUGGGGUUUAAACCCACCAGAAGAGAUUCGAGAUAUAUUGACUACUGAACAAGGUCAAAAUGAAAUUCAAUAUAAAGAAAACGUCCUUUAUGGUUGGGUAUAA